AUUUGCAAACCUGCUCCUCAGCCUCCACAAACAGUCUGCUCCAACUCAGCCGAUCCUUACCACUUGAGCGAUCUCAUCUGCUGCUAUUGACUAAAAGCACAAGAUUAACAUUCCCAUUGUACUUUCAUCAGACUCUUCAAUAUUGUAACUUUCCCAACAUAGAAACUUUAAAAACUUCAUCUACUCAACACACAACCCAAUCUGUCAACCCACUUUGAAAUGUUUUUCCCAAUUUUAUUAGAGAAGUUGAUUGCAAUCUGCCUUGAAUAUUAAGCAUAAUAAUAAACUACUCCAAAAUUACUGUUACUAUCAUGGAGGACUUUCUAAAAGGGUACAAUUUGUGUCUUGUUCUUUUAUAGCUGGUCAGGACUGUAGCAGUUUUAUUUUGAAAGGAAGGUAGCCCGCGAACGCAAACGGGCCAGAGGCAAAGCUGAAAGUCUGCAUUUGUCUCUUUCUUUGUAUUUCUUCUUCUCAGUCAACUAUUUGCAGCUCCAAACAGAACAUGGUUGUUGGUCGGCAAAAACCUUAGCUUUGUGUUUAACUCUAUUGGCUUUUAGCCUUCCUGUCUUUCUCUUUUGUUGGAAACUAUUGCUAUAUUUAUUGUUGUUGAAACCAAUUAAUGCACUUUGCGUUGUCUUAAAUCAAAGGAUCGUCUUCAAUCUUCUCUUCCGAAGAAAAAAAUUGUCUGCUUGUUUCCUGUGCAAAAGCAAGAAAAUUUAACCCUUAUUUUCUAUCUUCCAAUUUCCCUGGAAAAAUAAACAGAGACUGGGCUAAAUUUAACCCUUCUUUUUCUGUUUCUUUUAAUGGUUGAGUUAGCUGCUUUGCUGCCAAGUUUCAAUUUGACCUGCGGAAACGUGAAAACCUUUGCUUUCACUAGGCAAAUGCAAAGGCUGAGCUUUGCAUAUUAGUAAUUGAAAUCAAGUGGGUAGCUAGGGUUUCAAGAGAAAAGAAAGCUGAAAUGGAAGCUGGAAAAGGCUUGUUGGAGAAAAAAGGAACAAACGAUGUUGUCCUCCAGAUUUCAAGCCCUGAAGAUUCUUUUGUCUUCAAUAAAGAAAACAAUGAUUCUAAAGUUUUUUCUUCAAUGACUGAAGCUGGAUCUUACUCUUCUCCAAAGAAUCUUGAGAUGAAACAGCUUGAGAAUCUUAGAGUCCAAGUCUCCACUCCGGUUGCAUCUCCUUCUCCUUCAGGUGAGAUUUCAAGGAUGAGUCCAACUCCCAAUAAGCCGCCAAAAGUUCCCACUGAUAAGAAGCUUACUCCAAGAAAGUCCCUUAGAAAGUCAGCGUUUUCGAAGCCAAAAUCAAGAUUGGUGGAGCCAGCCUAUCCAAAUGAUGCUAAAUUGGUGGAAGAAAAGAGUAUCCAGAUGGUGAAUUCAAGCUCAUCACCUCAUCGGAACUCUCCUGCUGCUGCUUCACCAAGCAACAAAGUUGCUACUCCUAAAGAGAUUUUGAGAUCAGCUCCCAUUACUCCAAAAACGCCUUUAAUCUCACCAGGUGUAGAGGAGGAAGAUGAGGAGGACGUUUACAAGACUGCUGAUCUCAAAGUAAGUGAAAAAUCAGGUAAAAAGUGGAAAUUUUUACUUCUGGUCGAGUUUGUAGCAUUUAUUUGCAUUAUGGGGCUUUUGAUUGCUAGUUUAACUGUGCACAAGCUGGAAAAAACGAAGAUUUGGGAUCUGGAAUUGUGGAAAUGGUGUGUAUUGAUAUUGGUCAUUUUCUGCGGUAGAUUGUUUACCGAAUGGAUGAUGAAUAUUGUUAUUUUCUUGAUUGAAAAGAACUAUCUGCUUAAGAAGAAGGUUUUAUAUUUUGUUUAUGGACUGAAAGGGAGUGUUCGGGUAUUUGUUUGGUUGAGUUUGGUCCUUCUAGCAUGGGGUUUGUUGUUUCAACUUGGAGUAAAGAGAUCAAAAGAAACCAAUCGGGUUCUAAAUUAUAUUACUAGGGCUCUUGCUUCCUUUCUCAUUGGAUCAGCUAUAUGGCUGGCGAAAACCCUUUUUGUAAAGCUAUUGGCUUCUUCUUUCCAAUGUACAAGAUUCUUUGAUAGGAUUCAAGAAUCAAUUUUUCAUCAGUACAUUCUUCGAAAUCUAUCGGGGCCUCCAGUUAUGGAGAUGGCAGAAAAUGUUGGGAGUUGUACUAGCACUGGCCAGUUGAGUUUCAAGAAUUUGAUGAAGGACAAGGGAGGGGAAAAGCAAGAGGUGAUUGAUGUAGACAGGCUUAAGAAAAUGAAGCAAGAGAAAGUAUCUGCUUGGACCAUGAAAGGAUUAAUUAAUGUGAUAAGUGGUUCAGGGUUGUCUACUAUUGCUAAUUACAUUGAAGAUGUUGAUGAUGAGGAGAGUGAGCAAAAUGAUAAGGAAAUAACUAGUGAGUGGGAAGCAAAGGCUGCUGCUUAUCGGAUAUUCAAGAAUGUAGCAAAGCCUGGUAGCAAGUACAUUGAAGAGGAAGACCUCUUGCGCUUCAUGAAACAGGAGGAAGUAGACAAUGUGCUUCCACUUUUUCAAGGAGCUGUAGAAACUGGAAAGAUCAAGAGAUCAACUCUAAAGAACUGGCUGGUGAAUGUUUACCUUGAACGCAAAUCUUUGGCACAUUCCUUAAAUGACACCAAGACAGCAAUUGAGGAGCUGAACAAGCUUAUCUCAGUGAUUCUGCUUGUUGUGAUCAUCAUUGUGUGGUUACUUUUGAUGGGAUUCUUAACAACCCAAAUACUUGUCUUCAUUUCAUCUCAGCUUUUACUUGUGGCUUUCAUGUUUGGUAACACUGCGAAGACUGUAUUUGAAGCCAUCAUAUUUGUAUUUGUGAUGCACCCAUAUGAUGUUGGUGAUCGCUGUGUCAUUGAUGGAGUACAGAUGGUCGUUGAAGAGAUGAAUAUUCUGACAACAGUAUUUUUGAGAUACGACAACGAGAAAAUAAUCUAUCCAAAUUCAGUUUUAGCUACCAAACCAAUCAGCAAUUUUUACAGGAGCCCAUAGAUGAGUGAUUCUGUGGAGU